AUGCAUCGUGCUAAAUCACCUUUCAAGAAAAAAACCCAUAGCAGGGAACCAUCGCAAGAUGAAAACUCCAACUCUAUAUUCCAUAGGAGAUCCGCAUCUAACAGCAGUAACUCUAAAAGAUUAAGUUAUCAACAACACGGUCGGUCGAUCAGUGGAUCCAAUGUGGCACCCCCAAUAUCGGCUUCUAACCCUAGUCAUAAGAGAACCACGUCAAGGUCCUCUGAUUCAUCUCAAAGUUCAAACUUCUUAGCGGAACAAUACGAUAGGGAUAGGAGAGCCAUAAUCAAUUAUUGUUUCUCUAGACCAGAUCCAAAGACUGGGAAUGCACCCAAUUCAUAUAUCACACAUGUGAGAAUUAUUGAAGAUUCGAAAUUCCCAAGUUCAAGACCAACGGGAGAACCUAGAUUGGAAAAUAAGAAGAAAAGGGUAUUGAUUAUAAGUAGUAAAGCCAACAAACCUAACGAGGUACAAUUGCAUAAGGCUCGUGAGAAUCAAGAUGGAUCUUUCCAAAUUGGAAGAACAUGGAAUUUGAAAGAAUUACUCAAGAUUGAGAGAGAUACGCAAGUCCCAGAAGGGUUCUUGUUAACUAUGGGGAAAGUAUACUAUUGGGAAACAAAUUCCUCUAAGGAAAGGACAGUUUUCGUUAAAUCGUUGGUGAAAAUUUAUAUGCAAAUGUUGAGUGGUCGGGUCCCACAAUUGGUUAAUUGGGAUUUAUCUAUGUUUUAUCUAGAUGAAAAAAGUUAUCAAAGAGCCGUUAUUACUAGACAGCAACAGACUCCAACUUCAGGAAUGACUAGUCCCAUUUCUUCAGCAUCACCUAUGAUAUCAGCACCGGUUGCAAAGUUACACCAACAGAUACCGACUCCCUCAUUACCACCAAUCGAUACCACCACUGCAAUCACAAGUUCAAGUCCACGAUCUAGGAAGACCCCUAUAUUAUCCCCCACAUACCCGAAAAUGGACCCAAGGAAUAACAAUGAAGAAACACAGGAUAGAGAUAUGCAUCCAUACAGAAGAAGUCAAGACAGGAUUCAAAUGGUCUCAAUGCCCACAGCAACGUCACCAGUUUCAAGGAUUCCCUUAAAUAAACAACCUUAUUCUACGACAUCAACCUUAGAUGAAGUUAGUAAAAAAUAUGCUCCUAAAGAACAGACCACAGAUUCUAACCAACACAGAAAACAACAUCCUUACUCCUACGUAAGUGGGUCUAUGUCUCCAAUUUAUAACACAAACGAGUCAAUGGGAAUAAAUCAGAAAAAUCAAGAAACAGGAUUAUCAUCUCCUUAUCAAAUACCAGGUACUUCCAAGAAAACUACCAGCCCAUCUUUAACCUCGAGCACUCAUAGUAGUGAGCAAAAUUCUACUGGGACGUACACAGCGGAGAACCCACCAAAUCAUCAAUAUAGUGGAACAACAAGAAAUGCGAGCGAUUUAAACCUCUCUCAUGUAGACACCCAACAGGCCAAUUCUGUCAGUAGUAGUAAUAAUAAUAAGAAUGGCAACGCUUUAGAAAAUCUGAAUGCUGCUCUUACGGAAGAAUAUAAGCACUCUUCCUCUGAAGUUGCUGGAUUUAAAAAAAUAGCAAAUGUCGAACCACUAGAUAUUUCACAAGAUGAAGAAGAGGAGGAACCUUUAGAUUUAUAUCUUGAUGAUUACACGGGAUCGAAGAAUAUCAAUAAGGGGGUAGUACAAAAAGGCGAAGAGGAAGAGGAAGAGGAAGAGCAAGAAGAUGUAGAUCUAAAUGAAUCAAUACCGGAAGUGAAACUACCGGAGGAUGAAUUGGACACCACGAAUGAUAUGUCGUAUGAAAGAAAUGAUGAAGUUCGCUAUAGUCAGGAUCUGACGCCUCCUGAAGACAUCCAGCAACAACAACAUAGAUACCAUGAAGUUUCUACGAUUCAAGAAGAAGACCAACAACAACAACAACAGCAGUUACAACCGAUGGAACAAGAACAAUCAGGAACACCUAUGAUGAAAAGAAAAAAAUGGGACGUAGAUGUAGAUGAUGAUGUUCUAUUAGAAGUUCUAACGGGGAUGAAUUGGGAAUUAGAUGAAGAUGCAGACAAAUUGAUUGAACAUUUGGACCUUAAAAUCGCUGAAACACAACAUACAUUUAAUAAAGGUAUUGUAACUUUAGAAAAAAUGGGUCCAAGUCUUGAACCGUACAUUACAAAUGUUAAUAGAGAAUGUGAUAAAAUGAACCCGUCAUUAACGUUGUUCCUAAUGGAAAUGAACAAUUUUGCUGAAGAUAUUGAAUACGUUGAAAAUCAAGAUAAUGGAUUACAAGUGGAAUAUGCUAAUAAGAAACUUUUAUGGAAUACUUUAUCAGAAUUAUUAAACACAGUCUCGUUAGAUGAAGAUACUUUGAAAGAAUUGUUGAAAUGCCCUAUUAGAGAAAGAAACCUACCAUGGAUGGAUAUUCAAUUAAACUCCUUAUCUAAGGCAUUGAAGGCUAUAAGUGGUGAUAAUGAAUCAAGCGAAGAAGAUUAUAAUUUAAGAGAUAUGGAGGCUUUAAAGCAAAGGCGUCAAUAUUAUGAAAGGGUUAAAGACUUGUUCUUAGAAAGAGUCGUUCAAGAAUUUGGCACGAAAUUUGAAAGUGUGCAAACCGGAGAUACUUCAACUGAUCAAUUAAAUAGCAUUUUAUCAAGGUUGCUUGCAUUUUCAUCGAUAGUCUUAUUUUGUAAAGAGACAUCAAUCGCUUCAUACAAGGAUCUUAUUAAAUUGUGGAAUAAAAGUAUUGAGACCGUGUACUUGAAUCUUUGGGAAAAAAUGUUAUUCCAAUUGAAUCACCCUGAAGAGGAAAUAGGGAAAGUAUCAAGUAAUAAUCAACAAGGAGAAGCUAGGCUUCUAAGAAGUUGGAAAAACUAUCAAGAAACGAAGAAGUUAGUCCCCGUUGAACCCCUUUCCUCCAAACUAUUGUCAGGAUUAGUGGAUGCUUUAGAGAUUUUAGAACAAAAUUGCAUCAUAUAUCAAAAUUUUAUUGAUAAAUUUUUCCACAUUUCAUCCACUUUAGAUUUCGAACAUUAUGUGAAAGAAUAUAAUGAUUAUCCAACAAGAAUCAUCGCAUUAGAUUACAUUGAUAAGAUGGAUUCAGAUAGACACAUAGCAACAACUAAAUUACAAAUGGUUUCUGAAGUGUUUCAACCUAUUUUGAUCAAUUUCUUAUCAUUUAUCGUGGAUUCGUUGAAAAAUGAACCAAGUUUAGCAUUAUCUUUAAUGAUAUUGCUAGAGGAAAAAAUGAAAAGGUUACAAUCGUCUAAUUUAGAGUUUUUAAUAGAUGCAAUGAACAAGAUUUACACACAAAUAAGACAAUUCUGGUUAGAAUAUGUUGAUGAUCAACUAGUGUACUUGGAAAGAUCAGCAGUCAACUCUUCUAAUAGAGACAUUUCUCCCUCAGUACUCGAUUUGCCUAUUUUCAUUAAGAACGUUUAUGAUUCUGUAUCUUUUGUUCAAGAUGCUGUUCAAGUCGAGGAUGCUACGUCUUUGGAAUCCAUUGAAAUUUUGAUGUCAUCUUGUAGUAGAUUGACUAUUACGUUGACACAAUUUUUGACCAAGAGUGAUGAUGGUUCAGGAAUCGCAUUAGGAUUACAGAACCCCACAUUAAAAUCAGAUGAUUUAAACGAAUCCAUUGAAUUACUGAUGAAUAGCGAUUGGGUUGUUGAAAUGUUUACUAUGUUGAAUGUGGGCAUGUCCAAUAUAUUUGAGAUUCCUGUUCAGAAUGCAAAAAAGAUUUUUGAUGUUGAAAAGGAAGCAUAUGCUGAUUACUUAUUACGUGAUUCCAUGCCCAAGUUAACAUCAUUUGUCAUGGGUGCGAUGCGGGUGAUUGAAAAAUCUUUUGAACAGAGAAGUAAUCCAUCAACCUGGGCUGCAUAUAGCAAGCACAAUUUAGAGAUGAUUUUAAAAUCAUAUACAUCUCAAGAGAUAAAUCUGUUGGUGAGAAGAUUACAUAAACAUUUGGUUAAUGACUUUUCGAACGGUCAAAAUGAAGUUGUUAGAGAAGUACUAUGUCAGAAAUUAUGGUCAUGUCUACAAGGACAAACUGUUUCUCUAUAUUUGAAGCUUUACACAUUAAUUGACAAAAAUUACAAGACGAUCAAUGUUCCUUUCACAAAGAAUGAUAUCAUAACAGCGUUUGAAAUGUACAAAAAAUAA